AUGGGAGGGCUGAUCAUCGAUUUAACAAGUGGACAACAAUCUGUCUGUGGAUCUUCACUUCUCUCACACAACAGAGCUCUCACAGCAGCACAAUGUUGGCGAUCAAGGCGUCAUGAAGGAAAAAGGUUGCUAGUCGUCUUAGGAUCCUUACGCCUCUUCUCUGGGGGUAGACGUGUCGAAACGAACAAAGUUCUCGUACACGAAAAUUACGACAAGAUCCUGUUACACAACGAUAUCGCUGUCAUCAUCCUUCCUACUAUUUUGUUUACCAAUUCCAUAAGGCCAAUAAACAUUGCUGAAGGAAACCAGUCGUACGUAGGUGACACGGCCACAGCCGUUGGUUUCGGAAGAACUGGGCACUCCGAAGAGGACGGCAUCAGUCGACAACAACAACUGAGAUUCGUGGGCCUCCAAGUCAUAUCGACGAAUGAGUGUGCGCGCGUUUACGGUUUGAAUUAUGUAACGAACUCAACUCUGUGCGUUUCUGGAAGUGGAGGACGUAGCAUAUGCGGAGGUGACCAAGGUGGACCUCUUAUCUUUAACCAUCAAGUGAUCGGGGUGACGUCCAUCAAUGCUGCUACUGGGUGUGAGAAGAAUCGACCCACUGGAUUCACCAGAGUCCCUUCAUUCCACUCUUGGAUCCGAGCAAACAUGUGA